ACACGUUUCUACCUACCUAAUUACCUGUUGCAUACCAGACUAGGCAAACAGUCCAUAAUCUAUCUGUUAGAAUCGACGAAUAGAAUAUCAUUAGACCACCAAUAGACCAUACAGCCCACCCAUUCCCUGCCGCCUACCAUGACCCAUUCCCAAACACCAGAAGAGGUGCUGACCACCCUCAGCCAAACGGACAUCCGCACCCCAAUUCCUCCCUCAACCCUGCUGCCCACAAUCUCAUCCCCGCCCUUCAUCGCCCUCCCGGGCACCUUCAAUACCCGAGACCUCGGUCUCGUCCCGUCCAGCACCCUCCGGCCAUCCCUCGUCUACCGCUCCGGCGCCCUCAGCCACCUGGCCGCGACGCCCGACGGGGCCACCACCCUGGCCACCCGCCUAGGUGUCAAGCAUGUCUUCGACCUGAGGUCCGAGCAGGAGCACAAUUCCGAUCCGGACCCGGAGGUGCCGGGGGUCAGGAACUCGUGGCUGCCCACGGCGGACAAGGACGCCAGCCUCGACCUGGCGGAUUUUGUCGACGGCGAGGGCGAGGCCGGCUAUGUCAAGAUGUACAUGGAUGUCUUGAACGUGUACCGCGAGCCCUUCAAGGCCGUGCUCGAGCACAUCCGCGACGUGCCGGAUGAGCCGCUGCUGUUUCAUUGCACCGCUGGCCGAGACCGCACCGGUGUUCUGUCCGGCCUGAUCAUGUCUCUGGCUGGGCAGGAUCCCGAAGUCGUAGCAUUUGACUUUAUGUUGUCUCGUAUUGGCAAGGAGCCGGCACGUGAGAUGCUGCUCGCUUUUGUCAUGAAAUCAACGGGAGCUGCAGACCUAGAGGCCCCAGGCUUGUACAACCUUGUCAGCCUCAGAAGGUCUUGUUGGGAUGCGUUUGUCAACGAAGUGCAACAGAAGUACGGUGGCUUUUAUGGCUACACUCGGUCCGUCUUGGGUUUCACCGACGAUGACCUGAGCCUUAUAAAAAAGAACCUGGUGCGGGACUGAAAUUCAUGACGAAAGAGGAAGGGCAGGGAAUGAGUACUUGCGGUAGGCCGAAAUCCAUUAUAUUUCAACAACAGUUGCGCCAUAUGCCUGUUCAUAUAGCUAGUGAUUCCAAUUCUUCGACCCAGUGACGUG